CACUAAGAAGCGGAAUGUGAAUUUCACUAUUAAUCUCACUUAAUUUCAUCAUUAUAUAACAUCGACCAAAAAGAUCUCUUUUGUUGAACUUUUUUAAAAAUUGACUCACCCUCCCGUAAAAAUGUAGAAUUUAAUCUUCUUAUUCUUCUUUUUUCUUUUCAAAUAAAUAAAUAAAAAAAGAAAGAAAAUUAAAUUAAAAGAAAGAAAAGAAAAAGAAAAAGAAAAAGAAAAAGAAAAUUGAAACCCUAUAAAUAAGGAGUAGAGAGGAAAGAAGAUAGAAAGAAAAGGCGUGAAGUUGAAGUUAGAAAUUGAAAUAGAAAUAGAAACCCCACCAACGCCCAUACCUCUUAACCCUCAAAACUAAACAAACAAAAACUUAACCCUUUGUUUCUUUCUAUUUUCAAUGGUUAACAACGCCCUUCUUGAAGCCCUUAAUGUCCGUGUCCUUGGCACCGGCGACCGCUUCCUCGUCUUAGCCCAUGGCUUCGGCACCGACCAAUCCGCUUGGCAACUCGUUUACCCUUCCUUCACUCCUUACUACCGUGUCAUACUCUACGACCUUGUCUGCGCCGGCAGCGUCAACCCCGACUUCUUCGAUUUCUCUCGUUACACCACUCUCGACGCCUUCGUCGACGACCUCAUCUCCAUCCUCGACUCCCUCCACGUCCACCGCUGCGCCUUCGUCGGCCACUCCGUCUCCGCCAUGGUCGGCAUCCUUGCCUCCAUCCGCCGCCCCGAACUCUUCUCCAAACUCAUCUUAAUCGGCGCAUCCCCAAGGUUUCUCAACGACGGCGACUACCAUGGUGGGUUCGAACAGAGUGAGAUUGACAGGGUUUUCGCUGCAAUGAAAGCUAAUUACCAAUCUUGGGUCAACGGCUUUGCCCCUCUCGCUGUCGGUGCCGAUGUUCCCGCUGCCGUACAGGAAUUCAGCCGGACUCUCUUCAAUAUGAGACCCGACAUUUCCCUCUUUGUUUCUAAAGUUAUCUUCAGCAGCGAUCUCCGGGGAGUCCUCGGUCUCGUCAAAGUCCCCUGUUGUAUAAUUCAAACCGCCCAAGACGUCUCUGUUCCGACCUCCGUCGCCAUCUACCUCAGAGAUCACCUCGGCGGCCGGAACACCAUUGAGAUGCUCGACACCGAAGGCCACCUACCUCAUCUCAGUGCCCCUCAGCUACUCGUGCGGAAACUCCGCCGUGCUCUUUCUCGGUGACAACCUCUCUACUCUGACCGGACCCACCGCCAUUACACGGAUUUAAUUUUAUAAAAAAGAAAUUGAUUUUUCUUUUCUUUUUUAUGGGGGAGGGGGGGGGGGGGGGGAUUUGGGUGUGGUGGUCGUAUUAGACACUUAUACCCCUUUCUCCCAACUUUGAUGGACAUGGAAAUGGAAGAAAAUCAAGUGGUCUACAAUUUGACACGUGGCCCAAUAAAUAUGUGGAACUUAACUACUCUUUCCAUAACUAAAAGGAUAAGAAUUCUCCACGUGAAUGCCACGUGAUCAUCUAUCCAUCCCAUCUCCUCCUUCCUCUCCACCCAAACUCCCAUUUCUCUUUCUUUUUUUCUUUCUUCUAGCAUGUAUCCUAGGGUUUUUUUUUUCUCUCUUUUUUUAAUAAUAAUUUUUAACUCUUUUUUUUUUUU